AUGGACGACUCCCCUCCCUCCAAGAGGCGCAAGAUAGCUCGGUCGUCUGAGGCUACUGUUGCCACGCAUGUUCCACUAGUUCGCCAACGAUUUCAUGCGCGGCCGGUGGCUGAUGCCGACUAUGACAGCCUGCCGCUGGACACUGGUCUCGUCGUCCGAGACGUCGAGAUUGAAGGCAACGACGGCGUCGUCGUCUAUGUCAAGCGUCGGAAGACCCCUAAAACUGGAAAAGUGAUACUGUCUGGUCCCUCCGCCAAAAGAGGGUACAAGUUGUUGAAAGAUGCGCAGUCGCUGCCUUCAGCGAUAUCGAACGUCGAUACGCAGUUGUUACAAGCUUGUCACAGUGCAUCACUGUCGAAACAGGACGAUGAACUUGUCCUACAAGUCGAGCUACUCUGGUGCAACACUACCUCUCUGUGGGACAAACCCAGCGACAAUGCAAUGGAUAUUCUCAGUCGCUAUGUGCCGAAAUACAGAGGCAGUCCACCGCCAGCCCUUGAAGACUGGCAUCCUCGCGACUUCUACGAUAACCUUCACGUACCUCCUACCGACGCGAAUGUGCCGAAACGGAAGAUCAACCGUUGCCUCGCAACUCUCUACCCGUUCCAACGCCGGACUCUGCGGUGGAUGUUGCAGAAAGAGGUUGCUACAGUCCCAGCAGCCACCCUUUCACAAGGCUUCUUAGAUUCCACGGACGCUGACAUGCAACCAAUAUACGUCAACCACACUCUGGGCGUGGUGUCGACAAAUCUUGGUGCCGUGGCGGAAGCAUUUGCACCGCCUCGAGGUGGUAUACUAGCAGAAGAGAUGGGUCUCGGCAAGACUUUGGCGGUGAUAGCCACCGUGUGCUCUCAUCCACGGCCAGACAUGGAAGUGAAAUCGAAGGCUGGACAACCUCGCAAGUCAGCAGCAACUCUGAUCGUCACUCCGGUGACACUACUCGACCAAUGGAGAGAGGAAAUUGCGAUGCACUCAACACUCAAUGUUGUCGCCUAUGAAGGUAUUGCCACUGCCAGGGGCAAGAAAACGAGCUUCCAAGACCAUGUUGACACACUGGCCGAGGGCGAUAUCGUCCUUUGCAGCUACAAUACACUCUCCCGCGAGAUACACCAUGUCAACGCGAAGCCUGAUAGAUCUCGAAGGCAUCAACAGGUCUACGAGACACCCAAAAGCCCACUUACCGAAAUUUCAUGGUGGCGUGUUUGUCUCGAUGAAGCGCAAAUGGUAGAAAGUGGCGUUUCCAAUGCAGCGACGGUAGCUAGACAACUUCCUAGAGAGAUAGCCUGGGCUGUAACGGGCACGCCUCUUCGCCAAGGGCACAAAGAUCUGUUUGGACUUAUGCUGUUCCUCAACUUUCAGCCAUGGGGCUGGUCAGCUCGACUUUGGGAUCGUCUUAUCAGCUACCAUCGGCCAUUGUUCAAAUCUAUGAUCGGGACUAUUGCAAUCCGUCACACCAAGGACCUGAUUCGAGGAGAGUUGACACUUCCACCACAAAGCAGAAAUAUCGUCUCAUUGCCUUUCACAGCUAUUGAGGAACAGCACUAUGAUAAUUUGUUUGAUGAGAUGUGUAACGCAGUCGGUCUCCGAGCUGAUGGCUCCCCGCGAUCAGACGAUUGGGAUCCCGAAGAUCCCAGAAUAGUCGAAGAAAUGCGUCGGUGGCUCUCCCGACUAAGGCAAACCUGUCUGCAUCCCGAGGUUGGCGCCCGAAAUCGAAGAGCCCUUGGCCGCGGAGGUGGACCCCUACGGACGGUAGGCCAGGUGCUUGAUGUGAUGAUUGAUCAAGUUGACGGCACUUUGCACACUGAACAGCGCGCUGUGUUGAUGUCAAAGAUACGCCGAGGUCAGAUGCUUGAGAACGCCAAGCGCCCGAAAGAGGCGCUAGGACUGUGGAAUGCUGCAUACGACGAGGCCACCAGUAUCGUGAACGAAUGUCAGCAGCGAUUAAACAACGAACAGAAGCUAUACGAAGCAGCGAAAGCAGUACAGCAGAAGCAAGCAGAAAAUAGCGAUCAUGCCGACAAAGACGAAGAAGACGAGAGCGAUUCCGCGCUCCUCGCGCAUCGACAGAGAUUGAGAUCGGCUCUUGAGGUUCAGCAUAUCUGCAUCUUCUUCGCAGCAACGGCAUACUUCCAACUGAAAUCUGAUACGGCCAAUGUCGAACCGGAGAGCGAGGAAUUCCAUGCACUUGAGAAACGCGAGACCGAAGGGUACGAUAUCGCGAAACGUAUCCGCGGUCAAUUACUGGUAGAAGUACUGAAGAAAGCGAAUCCGCUCAUCCAGGCUGUGAGCGACAAAGCAAACGCACCUUUACCUGCCGCUCUCCAGGAAAUCGUACCGCAUGGGGAGUACUCUGGCAUCGAAACUCGAACGUUGUUCAACAAGUUCUACAGACUUUGCGAAGCCCUAAACGAACAAAGCAAGCACUAUCAGACCGUACGGUCUAAGAUGGUCGACUUUUUGAAAGGCACGCUGAUCGACGACGACACCGGCAUUGAACUUCAAGGCGACGAGUAUGAGGCCAGUACCAAGCACCAGGAUGAGCUCUACGUAUAUGUCGAAGCCCUACGCAUAUUAUUCGCUGAUCGAAAUGAAGCAUUGACGGGGCUCCAAAAUAUGCUGAUAACCCAUGAGGUCAAGGGCUUCCUACGCCAUGCUAGGGAGGGCGAGGGUCCUGCUCCUGACCUCAUGAUCAAGGCCCUCGCCGAACGCCUUAUGGUCCGCAUCGACACCGAAAAGCACGGCUCGCUCCGCGGGCUGGUAGCGGAGAUCAGGGCCCUUAUCGCGCAGUUGCCGGAGCACUCCUCAGAUCGUGCCCGCGCCGAGCGCCACAUCGCUGAACGUCUUCUGGAGGACGUCCAGAAAGUCGCGUCAAAUAUGUCCAAAGCCCUACCACAUCUUGAACAGGAAGUGACCCUCUUCACUGAUACCAUGAACAGUCGCCUCGGUUACUACGCUGCACUGCAGAAGAUCUCUGAUGCUGUUGCGCCCUAUGAGGAGGAAAGGAUUGGACAGCCACUCGAAGAAGCAAAAUUCAACGAUACCCUGGCUGGCGAGCAGAGAGCAAGCAUCAAGAUCUCGACCUCCAUGUCAAAGCGCCGCUACCUGCUGCAUCUGAAGGAUGAGUCGACCAAGUCCACACCUCGCAUCUGUACCAUUUGUCAGACAGAGUUUGAAAUCGGCACUCUUACUGUGUGUGGACACCAGUUCUGCAAGGAUUGCAUUCAGCUAUGGUGGAAGGAACGCAGGAAUUGUCCCGUAUGCAAGCGCCACUUGCGUCUCAACGACUUCCAUGACAUAACGUAUAAGCCGGCUGAGAUGACCGUGCAGCCCGAGUCACCUGCGUCCUCGUCGACCUCGAGGAACUCGACCGCAGGCCUCGAUGCCGGUCUCAAUCGUUCAAUUUACUCAGACGUCAGCACUGCGACGCUGAACGAGAUCAAGAACACCGAUCUUACAGGCGCCGCGUCCUUCGGGUCCAAAAUUGAUACCAUAUGUCGACACAUCAUCUGGCUUCGCGAACACGAUUAUGGUACCAAGUCUGUCAUCUUCAGCCAGUACCGCGACUUCCUUGACGUGCUCUCGAGAGCUUUCCGGCAACACAAUAUUCACCAUACGAGCUUUGAACAACCCAAAGGGAUCCAUAAUUUCAAGACCGAGCCAGGCAUAGAAUGCUUUCUGCUGCACGCCAAGAAUCAAUCGGCUGGCCUCAACCUGGUCUGUGCUUCUCAUGUCUUGCUUUGCGAGCCGCUGCUGGCUACAGCAGUUGAGCUACAAGCUAUAGCACGAGUCCACCGUAUCGGUCAGCACCAGGCGACGACAGUGUGGAUGUAUAUUAUUGGCGGUACCGUUGAGGAGAGUAUCUACAACUUAAGCGUGGCAAAGCGGCUCGAACACAUCAAGCGCAAUGUCAAGAAAGUCGGCAAGGCAAAAGCUGAUGGGAGCUUGGAUUCUUCGGGAGCUGCGACACCAAAGUUGGGUGAGAAUCUGAUCGAUGCGGCUAAUAGCCUGGAACUGCAAGAUGCCGAUAUGAAGAAAUUGUUGACGACAGGCAAGACCGGCGGCGAGUUCGUCGACAAGGGUGAUCUGUGGCAGUGUCUGUUCGGGAAGACGAGGAGGAAGGAACGAGUCAUGCAUAGUGCUAAUGACAAGCCUGCGGACGAGGAAGGCGCUGGUGGUGAGAUUGGGCGGUUCUUGAGAGCUGAAGCUGCUGAGAGCAGAGCUGCUUCCAAUGAUUGA